AUGGCGCCUUUCGGAAAGCUCUACACCUACACGGGCAACCCCCGCUCAUCUGCCAUUCUUGCGGUGGCCAAGGCCAACAACGUCGAACUGGAGGUUGUCGAGACAGAGCCACAGAAGGGACUCUCUGCAGAGUACCUCAAGCUCAACAAGCUUGGAAAGGUUCCAACAUUCGUCGGCGCCGAUGGUUACACCCUCCACGAGGCUAUUGCCAUUGCCAUUUACAGUACGUGGAAGUCUCAAACAUGCUCUACUGAUAUUGUCAUAGUCACCUCCCAGAAUGAGAAGACAACUCUCCUUGGCAAGACCAAGCAGGACUACGCGACCAUCCUGAAAUGGAUGUCCUUCUUCAACCACGAGGUCCUUCCUACUCUUGGUGGUUGGUUCCGUCCUCUCGUUGGCCGCGACCCAUACAACAAGAAGAGCGUCGAGGAUUCGUCCAAGGCGGCCCUCAAGGCUGUCUCCGUUGUCGAGGAGCACCUUCUUAACAACACUUAUCUUGCCGGCGAGCGUAUCACUCUGGCUGAUUUGUUUGCUGCUGGUAUCAUCUCGCGUGGCUUCCAGUACUUCUUCGACAAGCGGUGGCGUUCUGAGAACCCCAACGUGACUCGGUGGUAUGAGACUGUCUACAAUCAACCAAUCUACUCCGCCGUUGUCCCCAAGCUUUCUCUCAUCGACGAGGCGAUCAAGAACACUCCCCCCAAGAAGCCAGAGCAGCCGAAGAAGGAAGCCGCACCUAAGAAGGAAGCCCCAAAGCCCAAGGCUAAGGAAGUUGAAGAGGAUGACGAGGAGGAAGCCCCCGCAGCACCAAAGCCAAAGCACCCCCUCGAAGCCUUGCCAAAGCCAACUCUUGUCCUUGAUGAGUGGAAGCGUCAAUACUCCAACAACGACACUCCUGAUGCUCUCAAGUGGUUUUGGGAGAACUUCAAGGCUGAUGAGUACUCCUUGUGGAAGGUUGACUACAAGUACAAUGACGAGCUCACCCAGAUCUUCAUGACUUCCAACUUGAUUGGUGGUUUCUUCGCUCGUCUCGAGGCAUCUCGCAAGUACAUCUUCGGCUGUGCUUCCGUCUAUGGUGUCAAGGAUGAUUCCGUCAUCAAGGGAGCUUUCGUUGUCCGUGGACAGGAGGCCCUGCCAGCUUUCGAUGUCGCCCCCGACUAUGAGAGCUACGAAUUCACUAAGUUGGACCCCACGAAGGCCGAGGACAAGGAGUUUGUCAACGAGCAAUGGACCUGGGAGAAGCCAGUCGUUGUUGAUGGCAAGGAAUACCCAUGGGCCGAUGGCAAAGUAUUCAAGUAG